GCUGCACGAAUGAAAAUUUAAAAAAUUUAACUGCUAAUGUAACGCGCUCAACGGCCAAUCGUAAAUUAGUGAAUUAAGCUAAAAGUGUGUUUAAGAGUUCAAAAUAUUAUCCCACUUGAGUGUGGAGAGUGCAAGAAAAAAGUGCAUUGCUGCAAGCGCAGCUUCAAUUUUUCUCAAUCACUGCUGUGUUGUUGUUGUUGGCAGCAGGAAGCAAGCAAAGUAUAAACGAGUGGUGGUGGCAAAAUAAACGAAGCAUUUUUUAUAUAAAAUAACGCGUAACCAAAAAGGAAACAAACAAAAUGGGUCUUAACGGCUGCUGUUCGUGUGUAAAAUACUUGAUGGUCCUUAUAAAUCUUUUAUUUUGGAUUAUUGGCCUCACAAUUGUGGUCACCUCCGUUUGGAUGCUCACGGAUCCCACCUUUAUGCUCUCCAUGACGCAAUCGUAUAACCAUUAUCACAUAGCACUCUACGUCUUUCUUGGCAUUGGCAUUCUAAUCACAUUGGGCGCCUUCUUUGGCUGCCUGGGCGUUUGUCGCGAAUCGCAGUGUCUGCUGAUAUCGUUCUUCUCCGUCAUACUGAUCGUAAUGGUGGCACAAAUAGCUGCCGGUGCCUGGGCCUUCCAUAACAAAGAUAAACUCGACGAUAUUGUGCGCGCUGCAGUUAAAUAUUCCGUCCAGGAGGAAUAUGGACAGUCGAGCAUGAGCUCACGCACAGUCACCUUUGAUACGCUGCAGAAGAAUUUGAAGUGUUGCGGAGCGGACGGACCUGGAGAUUGGGCCACGAGUCGCUUUAAUAAUGUCGAUCGCACGAACAUUGUUGACAUUGCCAUCUCCUCGAUGAACGUCUUCUAUAACAUACCCGAAUCGUGCUGCAAGGAGAACCUUAAGGAGAACGAUUGCGAGUUGUCGCGUCGUUUGAAAUAUGGUGGCCCUUUGAAUACCGCCAUUUAUCAGCAGGGUUGCGUCGACAAACUAAUCGAUAUUAUUUACGAAAAUUGGAUCACGAUCUUUGCCAUAACUGUGAUUAUUAUUCUAUUAGAGCUGAUAUCGCUGACCUUUGCCCUCACCCUGUGCUGUGCGGUCAGACAUCAGCAUUACAAGGCCUGAGAAUUACAGAACUCCCAUAGGGAAAUAACAGACGAUGAGAAGUACUAACAAACCAAAUGUAAAUUAAAGCAUAAGCGUUACUAAACCAACAACAAGAACAGCAGCAACAAUAAGAACAACAACAGUAAGGCGGCAUAACAUGGUUUGAUGGACAAAAAAGAAGAAAAAAUUGAAAGAAUGGCAAUAAAAAGAGCCCAGUGUGAAAAUGCAUUUAGCGGAAAUGGCAAAAGAAAAUAAGAUGUUUGAGACGAUCAGCUUGAAUGGAGGCAGAAGAAUUAAGCGAAAUACUUUAAAACCAGAACAAUUUUGUAAUACUUUAAAUAGCAAAAAGCAGCUAGGAAUGAAUUGUGUGCGAAGCCCGAGGUACGGAGUCAAGCGAUAUAGUUUUGGAAGCUUUGAGUACCUCACAAAAAUAAGAAGUAGAAUGAUAUAUUCGGAAGAAUAUAGGAAAUUCUCACAAGUAAGUGUUUGUCUCGAUGUUAAUCGUUGUACAAUACUAUAUUUAACCUUACAAUUUGGAGCCAUAGAGCUUUAGAGGUCCUGCAAUAAAACUGUGACUAUAUCGAGUUGUUACUGUAUGUGGGGUUUUAUGUAUAUAUUUUAAAAUACAAGCAGAGGCAUUAAGUUUUUAAUGCCAGACGAUUUGUAAAAGAUUUGAGAAAGCCGUUGAUGAAAGCACAAAUAUUGUUAGGAGGCACAGUAAAGGCCGCAAACAGACAUACUUACAUACAUAAACACAUAACGACUUAGAAAUAAGACAAGCAAAGGCAGAAACUUUAUAUGCAACAACUUUUUCUAAAAUAUUUCUACAUUCAACAAAUAAAACCAAAAGCAAAACCAAUACAAUACAAUAUGAGAACAUAGACGCGUUUUUACAUAAACAUCUACAUACACGUACAUACAUAAAAGCAAACUCUGCAUUACUUAGCAUAUAGACAUAAAUAAAUAAUAGAAAGAAAAAAACAAACAACAGCAAUACAUCACGUUUCAACAGCAUAACACUUUUAGAUAUAUAUAAUAACAUACUACUAUAAAAAAUAUAUCUAGCAAAGUAAGAGAAUGAAAUAUGAAAAUUGUCUUUUGCCAAAAAUUGAUAUUUAUAAUUUGUAUUAUUUAAUCUACUUGCUUUAUUGACUUCCGUUAUUGAUUUUUGUGGCCAUUUUUUAAGAGACAAUUAGAAUUGCCAAAUUGCUAAAACAUUGCAUUCCACAAGCAAAAAUGAUGAGUUAUACAUACAUACAUACAAGUAUAUAGGAAAAUAUGUUUAUUUCCAUCCAAAGACCCAACAACAACAUGCAAUCAUUUUUCUUGUGCAAAAAAUGUUGUGCUAAAGAAUCUGAAUAAAUUCGUUGAGCUUCGCGAAAUUAUAUGCCAAAUAUUUUAUGUACUAUUUAAACAAGUUUCUUUUAUUUUUGUAAUCCAAUCCUGAAAGCCAAUUUCAGAGGCGCACCACUCACAUGUUAAGCAACAGCGCUCUGUUAUCUGCACUGUUAUUUAACAGCGCCAUACCAUGCCCUGCCAUUUGUUUUAUGCAAACAAACGCUCGAAUUGUUAAACCUUUAAGAGAGAAAUACAAAACGAAUGAAUUUCGAACGAAUCUACUUACCUGCAUUGAACACUUUAAAAAUAAACGUUUAUUUAUUAUUUAUAUAUAGGAAAAACUAUUUAUAUAUUAAACAUCAAACAACAACCAACCACAUCACAAAAAUGUCAAAGCAAGUACUAAAAACAAAAGCAAAACAAAAACAAACAAAACUAUAUUUACUAACACAAUUAAACAUGCAAUACAUACGUAUACGCAUGUGUAUAUGUAGUUUUAUCAUACACUAAUUUAUAAAGAAACACUCACCUGCAUAUAUUUUUUGUACAAUUUUCAUUUUUUUCCACACAGAAACACACACACUCGAAACGAAUUUGUAUUUUUUUAAUUGUUGUUAUAUGAAUUUUGUUGUUAGUUGAAAGUAGCCUGAGCGUCAUACUUUGUACCCUUCGAUGAACGUUUUUUAAAUAAAUCAAAUCUACAACCAAUCCAAUGACAACAUCAAA